UGCAGUGACGUGACCAAUCAAUGACAUCAUUGACAAUAGCAGCGCCAUCGAGUGUCGAAACGUCAUUAGUGACAACAACGACGGACGCUGGAGGGGGACAAUUGGACGAGAUGGCAGAGCGGCAUGCCGUCGAGGAGAUGGAGGCCAAACAAGAGCCAGCAGCUGGUACAAAAGUGAUAAACAACAAUAACCCAAUAACCGAUAUUGUAAAAGAAACUAAUGCAAUGACGGCUGCAACAGCAACAGCAACAGCAACAACAAAAAUAGUGACAAUGACAACAACACCACUCACUAGUGCAAGUAAAAUACCACACUUGCAACAACAGUCGUCGCCGCAGCAAUCGCCACAGUACACACACGGCCGCCAGUUGAAACAGUUAAUGCACUCACCCGAUUUAUUGCGACGUUCCGCGUCAAUGCGCAUGCGCGGUUCCAAAUCAAAUCUCUUCAACGAUUAUCGUGGCAACUAUAUGGAAAUGGAACGCAGCACGCGCCACUUGAGCAACGCCACGCCGCAUACGGCCAACACCCGCUACAACCACCCGCUGUUGGGAGCGCUUGAACAACAGCAACAACAACAACAACCACAGCCAACAAUGCAACGUGACAUACACGAACGGCACAACGCUGCCAACACCGCCACAGCCGGUUCGUUUGGGGGUGUUGUUGCUGCUGCAACGCGUCGCAAGGCCGCCGCCGCCGUAGUAUUACUGCCUGGUUCAACAUUGUCUACGCAAACACCCGCUGUCACAGUUGGCAAUCUGACGCGUUCGCAAUCGUUGCGUCGUAGUUAUCUAAAUCAUCAAAACAACUAUUACGCGCAGCAGAAAACUUUCAAAACGGAUGCACUAAAGGAUAAAAGUGCCGGAGGCGUCACAGCAAUUGGCUCUGGAGCAGAAACAACUGGAGCUGAUGUGGCAAUUACAGGAACUGUAGGUGCUGAUAAUGUGGCGCCUCUAAAAACAAGUACACAGCGUGAACAGCAGCAGCCUGCUGUUGAUGAAAAUUAUGCCGUCCCAAAUGGUAGCGUGCAAAGCAAUGACAUAACGCACAAAAUGGACGGUGUUGGUGUUGGUGGUGGAGUUGGAGUCGGCGAGCUGCGGCGGAUUGACAGGGAUAUGCAGAAAAUGUUUGGAAACGCAUAUCUCUUGAGGCUGGGAGUUACGAGUUCUAUUGAUUUUCUGACGCCUGUAUCGCAAAAUUUC